GCCGUGAUCGUCAAGAUUGCGGCGUCGCCAGUGGAUGUCGUGGUGAGCACGCCGCUGGACUUGCCGACGCUGCCGAGGAGCGUCGUCCACCCGGGGCUGGCCAUUCUGCGUCAGGCGUUCCUCAUCCAGUUGGUGUCCAUCCUGUGCCUCAAGCUGGCCAACGUCACCAAGAAGGACCUUAUCAACUACAUGUCGGAGCGAUUGCCUGCCACGGUCACCUCGGCUGUCCAACCGCCCUUCACCAAGUUCGAGAAGUUCAUUGAGCGGCGCUUCGCCGAACAGGACCAGAGGAUCUGCGAGAUCAGCGAUGACAUGGACUGCAUGCGCAAGAGAGGCGAAGCCGUGGAGCUGCGCAUGCAGGCUUCGGAGCGGGAGCUCGAGCUCGCACGGCACGAGCCACGCCCGACGGUGGCUCGGACGAGCGAGUGGGCUCGCAAGGUGGACCAGUCGGUGUUCAUCAUUCGGACGGAGCAAGGUGAGGCUUUGGGCAAGAUGUUCACUGUACGUUCUCCUGGCCACGAUGGGGUGGCCGAAAAACGCGUCGCACAAGCCCACGCCCAGCUAUGUCUUGGAGAUGGCCGGUGGCGCUCGCUCGCGGUCCAGACGCCUGGCGAACGAUGGGCGCCCCUCAACAUCUCCUUCGACAAGAGCCGGCAGGACAUCAGCAGGGAGAUCGCGGUCAAGAAGUGCAGGACCGCCCUCGGCGCCUUCUUCCACAAGCCCGUGCAGGCGGACCGGGACGAGUGCAUUCUCUCCGUCCA